GUCGCCGUGCGUGAGCAUGUUCUUCUCGAAAACCAUGAUGAAGGCUCUGAAAUUCACCCAGCAACCACGGCAGAGGACAGACGCUCGAGCGGAGGAGCUGCGCUGCUUUACGCUGAGGACGUGAGGUCGGUUCGUCGGUCACACAGAGGAAACUACGACACGGAUCACCGGAUGACGUUCCCUAUUGGUGAAAAGUGAUUAUUGAAGUCACUGUGGUCCAAUCAUCAACUGGCAUUUUGCGCAAGCCCCGCCCAUCGAAGUGGCUCGCGGGUGGGGAACUAUGGUUUUCGGCUGUCGGGGCGAAGUCGGAUCCGUUGAAGUGUAGCGCAGCAUGAUGGCGCUGCUCUUGGACACCAGACUGCUGUUGAGGAGAGUUCAAGAUCUGAGGAGUCUGACGCCCAGGCGACACCGGGUGAAAGACAAAUGGGCUGCUACACGUCCCAAAUACCCCCCCACCAGUCUGGCCCUGCAGCACUUUGAUGCCACCUACAGUGUCCAGCUGGGGCAGCUGUGGCCAUCAGUGAGGGUCGCCCUGCUCUCCGAGAGAAAGUAUGGAGCCCUGCUCAACAAUUUCUCCAGUGAUGACGAUGUCCUGGCAGACCUACGAGCCAAGGGAUGCAGCGACUUUAUCAACGACACAGACACAGAGGCUCAGCUAGGCUUGAAGCAAGACUCUGAGUCUGUGGUGCAGGAGGAAUCAAAGGAGGAUGCUGUGAAGAAAUCUGAUGUUGACGGUCAGCAGCUGUCUCCCCUAAAACUGAGUCCUAACAUUAAGUGUGCAGUGUUUCCAAGAGGGGAUAUCACACGAUUCAAGCCUGCCAGACCAGACAUGUACAGGUUGUUGGGCUACUACCUGCUGGACGCGGCUUCUGUGCUGCCUUGUCUUGCACUGAAUGUUCAAGAGGGUCAUUAUGUUCUUGACCUCUGUGCUGCUCCAGGAGGCAAGGCGCUGGCUAUUCUUCAGGCCCAGGCUAUCAGGUUUUUAUGUGUAAAUGAUACCUCUGCGUCUCGGACAACACGACUGAGACAGGUCCUACACAGCUACGUUCCCAAGGAGUUCUUGAACGAAAAGAACCUACGCAUCACUUCUUUUGAUGGCACCAAGUGGGGGGAAAUCGAAACAAACACUUUCGACAGAGUGCUCGUUGACGUUCCCUGCACCACCGACAGACAUUCACUAACGGAGGACGACAACAACAUAUUCAAUAAGACCAGGACUGGAGAGAGACGGAGGCUGCCACAAGUACAGCUGGAGCUGCUGUUGGCGGGAAUCCAAGCAGCAUGUCCAGGUGGGGAGAUCAUGUACUCCACCUGCACGCUCUCUCAGAUCCAGAACCUGCGUGUGGUGGAACAGGCCAUCCACCUGGCAAAAGAGAAGCAUAACAUCACCCUUGAGGUUGUCGAUCUGCGACCCCUCACACACAUGUUCAGGAAAACCUUUCACUUCGCCCCCACUCUCCACCUGGGUGAGAUGGUCAUCCCACAUUUAGCCGCUAACUUCGGGCCAAUCUACAUGUGCAAGCUGAGGAGGCUGACGUAGACUCACGCCAAUUGAUGAACAGCUCUGUCUAAAAGAUUGUGGACUUCUGGACCCACAAGUGUUGACUGACUCGCUGCUACCAGAGGAAUACUUAUUUACAUUUAAAAACUGUACCCGUUGGAGCCCAGUAGAUGGAUUUGGAUGCUGACUUAUUUCAGCUUUGGAGUCAAUUAAAUAUCAGGUUGACAGACAUGUGAACUGCGGACACACUGGACACCUGCAAUAGUUUUGGAGGCUUUUGGACAAUUGUAAGCCGAGAGGAAAUUUCAAUCUUCUUGGAAUUUUUGAAUAGUGAUUUAAGCCAUUUUUUUCCGACACAAUAGAAAAUACAAGAGGACUGGAACCAGCUUUGUGCUGUGUAUCUCACUUGCAGUUUUGUUUUUGCCCCAUAGAUGGCAACAGUAACUAAAGAGUAAAGGCAUCCUGUAUGUCGUGUGCCCACUAGAGGACACUAAGCUUUAAUAUCUGUCGAGCUCACAGGAACUUCUUUACGUACAGUUUGUCCUGAUGCAUGGAAAUGAAUGUUUCAGGUUGUGGAAUCACAUUCUUUCAGAAUUACCCGCUAUCUUUAACUCUCCAGUGAAAAUGGCUUUGGCUUCUUCUAUGGUUUAUUCAUCAGGUUUGAUGACUUUGCCUAAUAAUGCAGUGGGAAGAGGGCAUAAUGAACAGGCAGGUAAUGACGUCUUUGACCAUUUGGCUUGUCAAAUCUGCAUCUAUGCGAAUUUCAUUAUUUCAGCAGGAUUGACUCUGUUUUGCAUUGACAUCACCCAGAGGUGAAGUGCUUCCUCUUAUCACAACCUAAUUUGAGCACAGAGGUGCCUCUUUUCCCAUCACACCGCCGAUGACCCUUUGUUUUGUCCUGUGCCUAGGCAAUGUAGCAUGAAAAAGGUGUGUGUGUGUGUGUGUGUGUGUGUGUGUGUGUGUGUGUGUGUGUGUGUGUGUGUGUGUGUGUGUGUGUGUGUGUGUGUGUGUGUGUGUGUGUGUGUGUGUGUGUGUGUGUGUGUGUGUGUGUGUGUGUGUGUGUGUGUGUGUGUGUGUGUGUGUGUGUGUGAUGAGUCCAAUGAGUCCACCAACCACAUCCCACUGUCAUUAAGCUGCUCCAAGUGCAGGAGCCGACUUUUAUUUCCCCACCCGUGUUCAGGCAUGGAAGCCAGCCAUGCGGCUCCCAGAUGAACAUUAAAGAGGCAGCAAAGAGCUAAAAUAGGAUGUGCCGCCCUGUUUUGCCCCUGUGCUUUCGUAUUCCACAGAUGAGUGCAGAUAAUUUUCUGUGCGAUUGUGAGUGAUUACUGUAUUACUGCGGUAAAAGGGGGAUGUAUCGGGGAAUGCAGAGGGAAUUAAUGACACAUAAAAACUAUUUUUAUAUUGACUGCUUUCGUCUCCAGGGUGUUGAAUGCCUCUCCGCACAUCUUGUGAUUACCUAAACAUAUUGUAAAUAUGUGUUUCCUAUGGGCUCUUACAUAAAUUUACAUGUUUUAACACUCAGGAGACGGCAGUGUGUUGAGAUGACUUACUCUCUAUUCUCCUGUCUGUAGACUCGACUGGCUGCCCGCUUUAUUAUUGAAUUUGCCAAUGAAGCGCUGUCCAUUUGCGUCCCUGUGUGUAAGCCUAUGUUAGGGAGAUGUAUGCUGUGUAUUAUAAAGAUGAAUAUUAUGGAUUUAACUACACAACCAUGCUUCUGUUGUGUCUUCGGAUACAAAUGUUGAUUCAUUUUUGUCAAUAAAGAUGCAACACAUCGUCA